AUACGGAGUGCCUAACGCUCUGACUCCAGCUGAACCUUGAAGUUAUUGAAUUACGAACGCCUGACUUUACUACAACAAAGAUACAUGCUUCAGAUAUCUUAGAAAAACCAUCAGGAACGACUAUAAUUCUAAGCUAUAUCACUCAUAAGAUAACAUAUAUCAGGUAUUUUAAAUGGCCUGUUAUCUCCUGUUUUUGUGACCUAGCCUUAUUCACAGGAAUUCACAACGACAGCGACAACAACAACGACAAUAACAGCCCCAACCCCGAUCCCCACCACAAGUCCGUGUUUGUGAUCGUCUACCAUCUACCAAAUUUGUCGCAAAAAGACAAUUUAGGCGCCGACGUCACACAGCUCAUUAGAGCUAUUACACUCCAGUUACUACUACCUUAAUUAAAUCAUCAAUAUCCCUUUCAAGUUAGGGAUCGCUACCAUGUCCUUCGCCGCCUUUGCCGAUGAAGGCACCAAGGCUGUCGCCGCUGGCAAGUACGCAGAAGGGAUCGAGAAGCUUUCCCAAGCUAUCAAAGAACGUGACGCCCCCCUUUGGUUGCUUGAGCGUUCCAAAGCGUAUCUUCGUACUAAUGAAUUCGACCUCGCCUUACACGAUGCAGAGAAGGCUCUGCACGUGGCAUUUUCCCGCGCCAAUAGAGAUCAAAUGACCGAAGCUCAGAUUAGACGAGCCAUCACACUCUUCCGCAUGGGUCGUUAUGCCGAUGCUGAUGUAUGUGCCUUUUGGGCUAUCCAGCUAGUCGAGAAGGCCAAGGCUACCGAAGAUGACGGCCAGCAGAACAAGGUUGACGAAAAUGGAGACUAUGUCGUGCGCGCCAGUGAAGUAAGCAACUCUGAUAAAACGAAUAGGGACCAACAGAUUGCUACUGCUAUGGGCAAUGGAGGAAAUUCGAAGGCUAUCAGUUUGAAAAACCAGGCAACUUCGUGGCGUCUGCAAGCUUUGAAUCAGCUGGAGAACUUACCUGCUGGACAUCCUGGUCUAAAGGUAAAUGUCGUGAAAUAUCCUAAUCCAUCCGAUAAACCUGGCACCAAACCCAGUACGAUUACACCCGCGAAAGAUCAAGGUUCUGACGAAACCGCGAAACGCGACGCCUGGGAGAAUGUCUGGAAGCAGUUUUCGUCUGCCUUCGUGGCGAAGAGUGUCAGAUCGAGUUUCUAUCAGACAGACACAACCAUCAAUGCCGACUUCUUCAUAAAGAACGUGCCUGCUGGUCGCUUUGCCGUGUCCACCCAGCCUCGAAAGGUGGUUAUGGGACCAAUCACAAAAACCACCUUUAACUCGGACUCUCUUCAGCUCCACCUCUGGGACACGGUCAAGCCUGCUGAAACCAAAUACACCGUUAAGUCCAUGAAAGUUGAGCUAGUCCUUAAAAAGGAAACACCAGGCAAAUGGCCCAUGCUGCAACGGGGAGAUUCCGAAGGAUUCACCAACAUUGCGGGGAACACUAAGGUGGCCCCUUCGUUCGAGAGAUUCUCCACACUUAUUUCUCGUUUAGGGUACAAUCAUCCCGCAGAUCUCAACCUCCCAGAUGUUAAUGUCGACUUGGAUGCUUGGUAUGAUGCUCUCCUGGGCAAGCUUGCGGCUGGGUUAGAUGAGCACCAGGAAUCUUCCAAGAUCUCGACCGCGGCAGCCGAAGCUACAUCAUCUUCUGCGACCGCAAACGGCGCCACUCAACCCAAAAGUAACCCCACGCAAGCUAGUGAUUCUACUCCAACUGCUAGCAAGGCAGAUUCGACGAAGGCCGGCGGUAGCGCCCAAGCCUACCCUACUUCUUCGAAGAAGGGAGUUGUGAAUUGGGAUAAGAUUGGUGAUGACGAUGGUGAUGACGAAUCCAAGGAGGAUGCCGAUGUUAACUCAUUCUUCCAGAAGCUCUACAAGGAUGCUGACGAUGAUACGAGACGUGCCAUGAUGAAGAGCUACAUCGAGAGCAACGGUACAUCGCUGAGCACAAGUUGGGCUGAGGCCAAGAGCAAGACGUACAAAACUCAACCACCCGACGGCGCCGAAGCUAAAAAGUGGGAUGAGUGAUAUCUUACGCGAUCGUCAGCUUGGGUCGUGCUUUUAAUGCGCAUGCUUUUUCUUUUUUUGCAAGUCAGUAGUGAAAAGGGAUGGAUGGUCGGAAUGAUACCAAGCAUAGUUACUUUUCAAUGCAGUUAAUGAUAAGGCAUAUUACGACUCUAAUCGUACGUUUUAUUCCAAUUCCUUUAUGUUGGCGGUGUUGGCUUGACAUUGUAACUUCGGUAUCGUAUGGUAUUUACCUGGGUAGGUAUCUCUUACCUAAGAUAUGCAUUAUGCAAAGUUGAUGAGCACCUAAUACAGCUGGGAACUUUCGACGCGGUGAGAUGCGCAUGUUGGUCUAUCUGUGCCUCUCUUCAGGAUAUACC